GGUUCCAGGUUGGCCCCAAUGGCAGACUGGUGUGUGACCAAGGUGGAGCUGACGGUGUCCUGUGAGAACCUGCGAGACAGGGACGUGGGCUCCAAAUCUGACCCCCUGUGUGUUCUCUUUGAGAACCCUGGAGGCCAGUGGUUGGAGAUGGACCGCACCGAGAGGGUGCAGAACUGCCUGAGCCCACAGUUUUCCAAGAGGUUCGUUAUCGACUAUUACUUUGAGAUGGUGCAGAAGCUGAAAUUCGGAAUCUAUGACGUUGACAACAAGACAAAGGACCUCGGUGAUGACGACUUCCUGGGCGAGAUGGAGUGCACGCUGGGUCAGCUUGUGUCCAGCAGGAGGCAGACUCGUCCUCUUCUUCUGAAGAACAACAGACCAGCAGGAGAAGGCACCAUCACAGUCAGCGCAGAGGAAAUCAAAGACAACAGGGUGGUGAGCAUUGAGGUGGAGGCCAGGAAACUCGACAACAAAGAUUUCUUUGGAAAGUCCGACCCAUUCCUGGAGUUCCACAGAAAGACUGAGUCUGGAUGGCAGCUGGCCCACAGAACAGAGAUGAUCCAAAACAACCUGGAUCCCGUCUGGAGCCCCUUUUGUGUUCCUCUGCAGACCCUGUGCGGGGGUAACAUGGAACAGCCCAUCAAGGUAGAGUGCUACGACUUUGACAAUGGCGGAUCCCAUGAACUCAUAGGGUCAUUCGAGACGGAUCUGAUCCGCCUCCAGCAGGCUUCAUGGGCUUCACCAGCAGAGUUUGAGUGUGUGAACGAGGAAAAGAAAGAGAAGAAAAAGAACUACGAGAACUCGGGCAUUGUGAGUUUCAGGCUCUGCCAGGUUGUGAAGGAGUACAGCUUCCUUGACUACGUCAUGGGUGGAUGCCAAAUCAACUUCACUGUGGGUGUGGACUUCACAGGGUCCAAUGGUGACCCCAGCAGCCCAGAGUCCUUGCACUACAUCAGCCCUGAUGGCUUCAAUGAGUACCUGGUGGCAAUCUGGUCUGUGGGGAUGGUCAUCCAAGACUACGAUAGCGACAGAAUGUUUCCGGCGUUUGGAUUUGGUGCUCAGAUUCCCCCAUCGUGGGAGGUCUCGCACGAGUUCCCUCUCAACUUCAAUCCCAGCUACCCCUUCUGCGCAGGUGUAGAGGGGGUGCUGGAGGCCUACAGGAUGUGUCUGCCUCAGGUACAGCUGUACGGGCCCACGAACUUUGCCCCCAUCAUCAACCAUGUGGCGAGCUUUGGCUUCCAGGCGGCCCAGCAGAACACGGCCUCGCAAUACUUCGUCCUCCUCAUCCUCACUGACGGCAUGAUCACGGACCUGGACGAGACCCGCGCCGCCAUCGUCAACGCCUCCCGGCUGCCAAUGUCCAUCAUCAUCGUCGGCGUGGGCGGGGCCGACUUCAGCGGCAUGGAGUUCCUGGACGGGGAUGACGGGCCCCUGCAGGCGCCCACGGGCGAGGCCGUCGCCAGAGACAUCGUGCAGUUCGUGCCGUUCCGCGACUUCCAGGACGUCCCCAUGGAGGCUCUGGCACAGGCCGUGCUGGCUGAGGUCCCUGCCCAGGUGGUGUCCUAUUUCCGCAUGGUGGGGCUGAGCCCGCCCAACGACCCCAGCCCUGUCCUGUCGACAUAACAGCCUCUUCACCCCUGACCACGCCCAAUGACCACACACCCACCAACACUACAAACAAGCCUCUUCACCCCUGACCACGCCCUACGACCUCAGACCCACCCUCCCUUUAGGCCAACCCCUACAUCCCUGAUCACAGACAGCUGUGGAGGUGUCCUUAACUAUUGAACAGGGAAAAGGAUUUUCUAAAAAAUGCUUUAAACUGGGAGUAAUCUGUCUCCUCUCUUGAUACACCAACCAAAGGAUUGUUUUGUCAUGUUUU